AUGCCCAAUAAAAAAAAUUCUGGAAAAAAUACCAGGAUGGAAGCUGACGUUUUUGAGGAUGUAGACACAAGCAGUUACGAAAAAUCCUUUAAGAAAAAAUACAACAAGAUGAAUGAUGAUUUAAAAUGGAAGCUUCAAUGCACAGGACGUGUAGUAGAGGAUGUUUUAUUCAACUCUAUUUCAAACUUCACUUCUGAGCAUUUGGUGCAUUCAUUUACGAUUGAUAUUAAUGAUUCAAUGUUAAAAGAAGUUUAUUUUCCUGCUGAAUUAGAAGAGAUGGACAUAACAAAUACCAAAUAA